UCAUGGGGGUCCCGUAUUUAAUACCAUCGCCACCUCCCUUGUCUGGGGUGGGGUUAAGACGAAAAGGCUGCGUUUCCUGUUUUGCUGUGCAAACAACUAAAACAAGCUGAAUCAAAAGUUUGGCUUCCAUACUGAGAAUUCAAAGUUUUUUAUCUCUGCGAAAUCUUCCGGUCCUGUAACAUUUCUAAAUUCCUGGCCGACCCAUCCCUGUGUGACUUUGGAACUGAACUGAAUCUUCUCUAUUUUAAAAACGAAUGCUAAACUGGCAAGUACACAUAAUUUCUUUCGUUUUCGAUUCUUUCAGAGUAAAAAUCUCAUUUACAACUUGAUAUUGAAAUAUGCAAAGGCCGAGUUUCACUUUGCUUCAGCCCUUAGCGGACGCCGCGAAUGAUAGAACUGUAUACAGUAUAUUCAUUGAUAUGAUGGAUGAAAUUGUACGCCUUAACGUCGGGGGGACAGUUUUUCAAACAAGUAGGAAUACUUUAGUAUUUGAUGCGAAUUCACGAUUUUAUGAAAUGUUCUCCGACGAUCAAACGUUAGAAAAUCGCGAAGAGGUUUUCAUCGAUCGCGACGGAACUCACUUCAGAUACAUUUUAAACUACCUAAGAACGGGUUUAGUAACUCUACCCAGGGACGCCAACGCUUUACAAGAACUAUUAAUAGAGGCACAAUACUACGAUCUGAAGGAAAUAGUCGACGUUUUGAGCAAGCCAUGUUACCAAAUCAAAGGAAUUUUACCUCAUAGUUUCACGCAAGAAGCGUUUCACGAUUCUUUGAUUCUCAAUUCUGAAACAAGAAAGUAUCUUCACGUGUUUCUCGGUGGGCAGAAAGUUUAUAACUUACUAUACCGUGGCUCAAGAGAUGGCUGGAGUGCUGAUACUUUUCACUGUCUGUGCGAUAAUGCAGGGCCCACCGUUACUGUUAUACGAAAGGGUAGUAGUGUUUUUGGCGGCUUUACUCAGCAGUCAUGGUCAGGAAGCGGAAGUAAAACAGACCCUAAUGCAUUUCUCUUCAGCAUCGUGAAUCCGUCCGGACUGGGACCAGUAAAACUGCCUCUAAUCGAAGAAGAUGACGAAGAUACCAUUUCUUGCAACCCCUGCCAGGGACCUGUAUUUGGUAAUGGUCGUGAUUUAGGAGUAGUGGAUCACCCAAACAGGACUAAUUGUAUCACUCGACUUGGUAACAGUUUUAAGUGCCCAGCAGGACAGGUUCCAACGCUGUUUCUAGCUGGUAUCUUAACGUUUACUGUCAGUGAGAUUGAAGUGUAUGGCGUCAACGAAUCACCCAAGUUGGUGUCAGCGGUGUAGUAUGUGAACUUACAAGCAACCAAUCUCGAGCCAAUCUCGAGCCCAGAGUCUUCCCGGUAAUGUCACGCAUUGACUUCCGCUGGAUGGCAAAAGUGCGGGCUCUGGGUACGAGAUUGACAAGCAGCUAUACGAGAGUAUAUUUUGUAAUUCAAAUAAAUACCGUUCAAAUGUUA